CUCCCAGCUGUCGGCCUGCCGUCACGUGCUCCGCCCAGGCCGGUCGCCGCUCUGUGCCAGAACCGGUGUUGGCCGUCUGUGCUUCGGCCGCGCCGCCUCGCACGCAACAAAGCACUGCCCAAGCUGGCGGCUCGCUUCUAACUGCUCGCGUUGUCGUGGACUAAACGUGUACUCGAAGCCGGGCCGCAGCUCGAGUGUUCCGCGCGGCCGCGGUUCGACGGCCCUCGGAGUGCGCCCACGACGAACUGGCCCAAGUGCUGAACGUCCGUGCGCGAGACCAGUUGGCGACGACGACGCGACGCGUCGUCUGCUCUCGGAUUAUUCCCGCCGUCGAGCUGAUCGACUGGAAGGCAGCAUGGAUUACUGGAAACAGGCGAUGGAGAAUGCGCUCCACUCCAGGGACCGAGUGGGGGUGCAGGACCUGGUGCUGCUCGAGGACUUCGAGAGCGAGAAGGCAUGCGUGGACAACCUCCAGAAGCGCUUUAAGGAGGACCUCAUUUACACGUACAUCGGCCCGGUGCUGGUGUCGGUGAACCCUUACCGGCACAUCGACAUCUACACCGAUGACUUCGUCAACCUGUACCGCAGCGCAAACUUCUACGAACUGCCGCCGCAUGUGUUCGCCAUCUCGGACGCGGCGUACAGUGGUAUGCGCGAGGAGUGCCUGGACCAGUGCAUCCUCAUCUCGGGCGAGAGCGGAUCGGGCAAGACGGAGGCCUCCAAGAAGGUGCUCCAGUACCUGGCCGCCGUCAGCCACCACUCGGACGCCGUCGAGAGGGUCAAGGACAAGCUGCUCCGCUCCAACCCCAUCCUCGAGGCUUUCGGGAACGCCAAGACGAAUCGGAACGACAACUCCAGUCGGUUCGGCAAGUACAUGGACAUCGAGUUCGACUAUCUGGGGGCCCCUGUGGGCGGCCACAUCCUCAGCUACCUGCUGGAGAAGUCCCGGGUGGUGCAGCAGGCGUCCGGCGAGCGCAACUUCCACAUCUUCUACCAGCUCAUUACGGGGGCCGACCACGCACUGCUCGAGAAGAUGGCUCUGCGCAGGGACCCCGGCUUCUACUACUACCUGAACCAGGGCGACAGCAGCGAGGUGUUUGGCAUCGACGACGGUGCACAGUUCCGGGUGGUGCGGGAGGCCCUCUCCGUGGUUGACUUCUCGCUGCGGGAGGAAGAGGAGAUCUUCGCCAUAGUGGCCACAGUGCUGCACCUGGGCAACACCGGCUUUGUCGAAGAGAACGGGGAAGCCGUCAUUGCCCAGGACAAGCCUGUGGCGGCCAUUGCCAAGCUUGUCGUCUGCUCUGAAGAGGUCCUCAGGGAUGCUCUGACCAACAGGACCAUAGAGGCCAGGGGAGAACUGGUGACGACUCCCCUGAACCGAGAUCAGGCCAUCUAUGCAAGGGACGCUCUGGCCAAGGCCAUCUACGAAAGGCUCUUCAGGUGGCUCGUCCACAAGAUAAAUGUCUCCCUCAGGCCGCAGGCGACCCGGCCUUCCGAGAGGAGGACACUCAUGGGCCUUCUGGACAUCUACGGCUUCGAAGUGUUCAAGAAGAACAGCUUUGAGCAGUUUUGCAUCAACUACUGCAACGAGAAGCUUCAGCAGCUCUUCAUUGAACUCACUCUCAAGUCUGAGCAAGAGGAAUACUUCAAGGAAGGCAUUGAGUGGACUCCAAUCAACUACUUCAACAACAAGGUCAUCUGCGAUCUCGUUGAGGAAAAGCAUAAGGGCAUCAUUUCUCUCCUGGACGAAGAGUGUCUUCGGCCUGGUGGAGCAACAGACAAGACAUUCCUGUUCAAAAUGGAGCAGACGGUACGAUUGCAUCCGCACUUUGUUACCCACAACCUGGCAAGCAACAAGUUGAAGAAGAACCUUGCUCGAGACGAAUUCCGCCUAAUUCAUUACGCUGGAGAUGUUACAUACAAGAUUGAAGGUUUCUUGGACAAGAACAAUGAUCUGCUGUUCAGGGACCUCAAGUCAGCCAUGGCUGGUGCCGGAAACUCCAUCGUCAGGGAGGUCUUUCCAGAGUCAGAGCUGCUGAGCAAGAAACGCCCCCCCACGGUGGCGACGCAGUUCAAGCAGAGCUUGCAGGACUUGAUGGAAAUCCUCAUGUCCAAGGAACCAUGGUAUGUGCGCUGCAUCAAGCCCAACGACCAGAAGCAGUCGGCCAAGUUUGAGGAGAAGGUGGUUGGCCACCAGGUGCAGUACCUGGGGCUGGUGGAGAAUGUGCGAGUGCGUCGGGCGGGCUUUGCCUACCGGCGCCGCUACGAGGCCUUCCUGGAGCGCUACAAGUGCCUCUGUCCGGACACCUGGCCCCAGUUCAGGGGCGGCAGUUCACGGGAGGGAGUGGUCCUACUCAUCAAACAGCUGGGUUACGCCCCUGAGGAGUACGCCUUGGGCAGGACAAAGCUGUUUAUUCGGUUUCCAAGAACUCUGUUUGAAACUGAAGAUGCAUUCCAGCAGAAGAAGCACUACCUCGCAACCGUCAUCCAGACCGAAUAUCGCCGCUACUCUGUCCGGAAGAGAUACAUGGAGAUGAGGAAAGCAGCCAUUCUGAUUGAGAGCUCCUGGAGACGCUACAGGGCACAGUGUCUGCUGAAGUGCAGGAGGAAUGCAGCCAUGGUCAUCCGGAGGUUCAUCAAAGGCUUCAUUACCAGGAAUGAGCCAGAAAAUGACAUCAAUGCCAGGUUUGUGCGGCAGGUGCGUGUGGAGUUCCUCAAGCGUCUGGCGGCCAGCCUGCCCACGAGCGUGCUGGACAAGUCAUGGCCGACAGCCCCCGCAGUUUGUCAAGAGACGUCUGAACUUCUGCAUGACCUACACCGCAAGUGGCUGGUGAGGAAGUACUGCAACUCCAUCUCACCCAAGCGGAAAGCACUGAUGCUGUGGAAGCUGGAGGCCCAAGCAUUAUUUGAGGACCGGAAGCAGAGCUACAAGGCAUCAGUACCCUGGGUGUUCGAGGACAACAGGCUACCGCAAGACUUGGAGCUGAGACGGGUCAACCUUUUUGAGAAGUCUAUCAAACACCAGGGAGAAAAGACCCUGUACUGUGUGGCAGUGACCAAGUACGACCGCCAUGGCUACAAGCCUCGCGAGCGGGUGCUCAUACUGACCGACGCGGCCCUGUACGUGCUCGACCGCAAGGACCUGCGCUCCAAGCACCGCUUGCCACUCAAGUGCCUGCAGGGGAUCACGGUGAGCAGUCUGACUGAUGGCCUGGCACUGUUUCGGAUCCCCCAGGAGAUGAAGCAAGACAAGGGGGACCUGAUACUGGACUUGGGGCAACACCUAAUCGAGGCACUUUCCAAAAUCACCGUGGCAUACGGCCAGAAGAAUAUUGUCACCGUGGACAAGAACAACUGCGUGGACCACAGGCUGUGCGGCGGCAAGCAGGGCACGAUAGAUUUCAACCUGGGACCGAACCCGGAGGUCCUCAAGGGGAAGAACGGACACCUCGUGGUGGUCGCCGCCGCACCAUGAGGCCCGGAACAUCGACCCGGCGUCGAGACGCGGACCGGUACUGCCAGGAGACUGUCGAGGCAGAGUCUACCAAUGGCUGUGCCGCACUUCCGUUUCCCCGAGCGUACGAGGUGCAUCGUCGGUCUGCAUUUUUCCCAGUGCCAUGUUCGAAAGUGCGGCGAAAGCAGGCACUGCACCAUCCCGUAGCUUCGCAGUGCGAAGCAGCUGCAUCACUAGGCUGCAGUGCAACAUUUUUUACGUCGACCGGCGGAGGCCAGCGCGGGGCACGAAUCGGAGCUGCAUUGGCGUUCGGCCGGGACCCGUGCCCUUGCCGAUCGAACACUGGCCUCGGCCGAAUGCUGACUCGGCACUCGUGCCAAGUCCGUACCCCAAGCCAUCUUCCCGCAGAUGGCAUAGAGAAUCGCGCGCUGCAGCCCCGUUUUCCGGGAGGUGUUGGACAGUUGCUGCCCGAGGGACAGAGAGGGAGAAGAGAAGCUGUGAUAUGACCCUUGCCCCUCAUGCCCACUUCAUGCAGUUUCCUUUUCCAAUAAACGUUGCUUUUAAAAUGCU